AUGACAUUUACAAAUCAAUGUGCAAAUCAAUCUUUUCCAUUUCUGUCAACAACUAUUAAUGAUCAACAUAUACAACCAUCUUCAAUAUUUCAAGAAAGUAAAGAAUAUAUUCUUUCAUUAUAUGAUUUUACUGAAUAUCUUAUUUUAGUUGUAGAUGUUAUUAGUGUUGUUAAAAAGCUUGCUUCAAUAGUUGGAAAUGUUUUUCGUGGUUGGCAUCAAGAAGUUGAUCGAUAUAAAUCAGUUGUUAAUUAUACAAAAGCAAUGACUGGAAAAAUUUUAUAUGCAUAUGAAGAAUCGUUAGAACGUGCUACAACUAUUGGAAAAUAA